GCGUAUUGGUAGGUAAAUAGAUCUCCGGAGUCCAGCUGGAGCCGCGUAUGGCGGUUAUUGGUGGCUAGCGGUUCAAUCGAGCAUGCUUCAAUCUGCGAUGGUGCAGUUCUAUCCGGAGCGUCAUGAGGAAAGCAACUGGGGUCAUCGUCGUCGGGUACAUUGCGAUCGUUGCGUUUUCCGUGUUUCCCUGUGUCUGGUGCGGUGGGUCAAGUGAUGGGGAAGUCGUCGAUGGAGCUGCAGAAUUCGAUUACAGUUACAUGCCAAAAUUGUAUCAGUACGACGAUUACGGGAAGUGUCUGAAGCAAGGAAGUGUCUACUGCAUGGUGCGAAGCUUAGUGAAACCUCGUCCUUCUAGUGAGCUAUGGCAGCAAAUACAGAAUUUCAGUGUGGAUGUACGCCACUAUCGGCACUAUUUGUUGGAUCGCGGAAUUUGCAUCGACGAGUGUUUGAGAUCAAUUGGGGGCCUAAGUAAGACCCAGCGCGAUGAACUACGCGUGGAUUCGUUUGAAGUGGAUUUCAAAUAUCGAUUCAAACGGAAAUAUUUCCCACACCUACCGGAACAUCAGCGAUUGUACGAGGAAUCCGUUUCUCUGUGCAUUAACCAAAAGCUCAAAUCAUCAUACGAUUUGCAAGCAUUCUCCGAAAUCGAGUAUUGCCAGGAGAGCUACAACAGUUCCAACAAUGAUCCGAUCGACACUUUCGACAGCCUUUGCAUUGCCAUCAUCUGCUUCGUGGUGAGUCUGGCUGUAUUCAGUACUAUUUUUGACUACUACCUCCGGAAUCAAUCUGAAUUGGAGGAUCAUUUCGAGAAAGUGCCUCCAAAGAUAGAGAGUCAGUUCGCUACCAUCUGCAGCAUUCCGAGGAAUUUUAAAUCCCUGUCUAGUCCUCCGAAGUCGACUCUCAGUCAGGAUUUCAUGUUUCUGGAAGGGCUACGUUUCGUUACAAUGGUCACCAUUAUCCACCUGCACACGACGGUUAUGCUGAUGAACGUCCCAGUCGAACAUCCGGAGCUGUUUGAGGAGACCUUACACAGCCCACCAAUGGCAACCAUGUCACUGUUCACGCCCAACUUGGUUCAAUCAUUCUUCACCAUCGGUGGCAUCCUGAUGGCUGUUAACCUUCUAGAUUCCAUGAGCAAACAACCCGCUUUUCGAUGGUCUCUCCUGUGGGAUAAAGCAACCAACCGGCUGAAACGCAUUUUACCUCUUUACCUUUUCGUAAUUCUGGUAACCGCUACCAUCUAUCGGCGCCUCAGUAUAGGACCUCUCCAUGACCGAAUCGUAGCCGUGGAAUCGAAAAACUGUCAGCAAAACUGGUGGGUCAAUUUGCUGUUUCUGAACAACUAUCUGAAAACGGAUGAAACGUGCGUACAGCCGAGCUGGUACCUGAGUGCGGACUUCCAGUUCUAUCUCUUUGGAAUGGUAGCGCUGAUGGUAAUUCAAAGGUUUCCACGAUCUGCCACGGGCUGGGUGUGCUUCAUGGUUGCACUCAAUCUCCUAGGUCCAGGAAUAACCAUGUGGAUCCAGACACUCCCACCACUAAUGGCUACUGGAACAAGGCCAGUUCUGCUAUUGUUCACCGAUGACGAAUGGUUCGCUCAGCUGUACAAACCGUUUCACACCAGCAGUGCAGGGUAUUUCUAUGGCGUGCUUGCCGGAAUGGUGUAUCACCGGGUGAAACCCUCCGGAGAUGAGUUCGUCAACCGGAAGAUGUUCAAGGCUGUGAAAAUUGUAGCCUUGCUGGUGGUGCUCAUAUGCUACGUUCCUUCAUAUCUAAUCUACGAUACGAACUGGAAGUCGUACUUCUGGAUGCCUUUGUACGGAUCCAUCGCUAAGAACUGUUGGGGCUUCCUGUGUGCGGUCACAUUCAUCGAUUUAGCAUUCAGCAAGAAAAAUUGCCUGCGAACUCUACUGGAGAGUCAAUCGCUUCUACCCCUGGGCAAGCUGACGUACAGCGUCUAUCACAGCCACUACUUGAUACUGAUGGCAAUUUCCAGCGCCAUACGUGCACCGCUGGCAAAUGACGUUUUUACGCCGAUUUCGUUCACGAUGCUUGCGCUGGUACUGUCGUACGGACUGGGACUGAUCGUCUUCCUGCUGGUGGAGCAACCGGCCGCUAAUUUACUGACCGGCAAGACCAACUACGUGGACUUUAUUGGAGAGCAGAUGAUCCAGGGGGCGAGGCGGUGUUUUAAGAAAAUUAAUAAAAAAUGCUUUUAACGUCUAGUUUAGAAGGAUUGAGUUUGCUUCAGUGCUCCGAUCGUGGGAAUCACAGUUCCAGAACAGGGAUUCAAUGCGUACAAACUAGUUUUCAGACAAAUCAUCAUUCAUAAAACAUUGUUGCUCUGGCAUCUUAAAUAUUCAAUAAAACCAUUCA